AAUAAUAAUUCACGGGACUUUGUGUGUGAAGUAUGAAUGAGUGGAUAACAGCAGUCUGCACUCUGGGAUUUUCAUUAUACAGUUAAGGCACAAUCCACAGACACUGUCGACCUUGGCACCCGAUUAGUCUGAUACAAUCAUUAAUUCCCAGCCCAAUUCCAAAGGUCAACGCUACAUUAAGUGACGGAUCUACAUGGGGAUUUAGGCGGUCUAAUUGGGUUUUUCACUCUGGGCCAUAUUGAAAACCCAAUUUAAAACAAAGUAAACUUUACUCCAAAGAGUAAAAACGCACUCGAAAAGAGACGUCCCCGCAUGGCUCAUGAAUUUUCAAUCGUCCACAUUUAGAGAGUACUGUUUUUCUCAUUUUGUUCGAUCGAUUGCAUGUACACGCACGUCACAUCGAUUCGCUCGUGAAACCUAGCUCGAAGACAAGGCUUCAGUAUGGGCGAGACUGAAGCUCGUGGUCGAUCUCACCAGGGCUGGUUUGCAGUUCUCUGCCUGUUUGCCAGCUACUUUCUGUGGGUAUUGCUCAUCAAGGGUCUGGGCGUGAUGUUGCCGACACUACAGGAGCAGUUCGCGGCCCAAACUUGGCUUGUCGGAUGGAUGGUGUCCAUUAUUACUGCAGUCAUAUGUGUUACGGGUCUCCUUGCUAGGCCGCUUGAGGUCAUAUUUGGAACGCGCACUGUAGUGACGGUCAGCGGUUUCGUCCUUGGGGUGUCAAUUAUCAUUGCUUCCAUCACUACAAGUAUUGUUGCAUUGACAGUAACACUAGCGCUAGCAGCAGGACCUAGUUUAAGUGUCGUCCACAUUCUGACUAGGUCAGAAAUCGGACGCCGUUUCACGACCAACUAUGCCACUGCAGUUGGAAUUGGGACUUCAGGGGCUGCCAUUGGCAUGGUCACCGCUGGGCCAUUCACUCAACUGUUGCUGGACACGUACGGCUGGAGAGGCGCCUUGCUCAUUCUGGGAGGGUUGACCCUGCAUCUUGGGGUGUGUGGCGCCCUCUUGCGGCCAUUGUCAACGGAAACUCAGAUGAACGGCAACUACAGGUCAGUGAGCCCGGACGCUGAUGGGGAAACACAGGUGAGUUCGUCAGACGUCCCUGGAACCGACAGCUCGAAGCAGACAUCGCGGCUUGGCGCCUUCAAAGACGCCCUCAGCGCCCAGCUGAAACAUUUUGGAUUCUCGGUGUGUUUUCAGGUUUCAUUUUGGAUCACAACAGUCGUAUUCACAUGCAGCCGCUUCGUUUCCGACCAUUGGCUAAUCUAUUACGUUUCUCAGGCCGAAGCCAAAGGCUUCUCCCCGUACGAGGCUGUGACUUUCACCACGGCCGCAGGGGUCGGUAAUAUCGUUUUCAAGGCCGUGUUUGGUCCAGUCGUAGACCGGGGUUUGUUGAGGAUGCGACCGGCGAUGGUGCUGAUGAUCACAUUGGGCUCUUUGUCUCUACUGAUAACUCCGUGGGUGAACUCCUACUGGCUCAUGAUGAUCGAUGCAGUUGUCUAUUUUGGUGGGGCUGGAGUACUCGUCGCACUGAACGAUCUGUACACCAGGGAGCUGCUUGGUACUGAUCUAUUGGCGUGUGCAUUCGCUUGGAUGGAGCUGGUGACCGCCAUGUUGAGCUUCAGUCUUGGAUUCCUUCCAGGUUGGAUGUACGACCAGACUGGGAGUUUCGAUUUGGCUUUCCUCAUCUUGGGAUGUAUAUCAUUUCUGCCGUUGGUGGCGCUAAUAGCGGAAUGGGUCCUAGGAAGAUGUAAAUCGCAGCAGGACGCUUAGUUUAGGCCGUACGUAUCCGAAUUACUUGGCUACUGCUUGUACAAUAGCACAUUGUGCCUAAAAAGAAGCGGUUGACGCAAAUUUGCAUAGAGUUCCCUAGCCCCGAGCCUAGUACCAAGAACCAGCUGUUUAUUGUAUUAACUGCAGGGACAUAUCUGCCGUGAGUCAGCAGGGCAAGCAUAAUCAAUCAUCAUGUUACUAGAACCGGCAAUGAACUUUGAGAUACACCCCUCAACGGUUGGUGGGGUAUCGAGUGUACUACAGAGUGCAGUAACAUUCCCGCAUCUGCAAAAACAGAGUGACAUUAUGUAUAAACCGAGGGUUAAUUUCUCAAGCCUCGGCUUUGUCAUCAGCUGUGGCUUCAGCACCAGCCUUCAGCUAAAUCAAUUCCCUGAUUCCGGCCGUGAUUAUAGUUCCUGGCCUACUGCGUGGGAGACACGGGUUCAGAAUCGAGGUAUGCUCAAUUUUUUUUGACGAUCAAAGGCUUUGGUUUGCCUUUUAACAAGAUAACUCAAUACGUUUUGGACGGAUUUGCACACAUAAUGAACGGCCGUUAUGGUUCAACAGUCUGAAGUUGUCGCAACUCUCUCUAUAGACAGCUCUGCUCCUGGUCAUCGCGGCUUGGCCGUUGCCCAGCCGGGUAUUUCUCACGCCCCACCGAAGGGUCCCACAUAUGGCACAAUAAUGGCCGGGUUUUGAUUAGUCUAAUUGGUGGAGGUUUGCGCUCUCUGGGUGCUUUUUUAGUUUAGAAAAUAAUGAAUUCCUUUUUGAAGAGUUUCAUUGAAAACUGAACCAAUUUAUACCUGGUAAUUCAGUGAAGAAUUUAUUCAAAUGUUGACAAUGUAUACGUUAUUACAUUAUAUGUGACUUUUGCGGUAAGAACGUGUAUCAAAUGUAUUUUAGGACGUUGUGUGAUUUAUCUGUGAAUAAAAAAUAAUAAAUUACUGAAACAGAAAUAAAAUAUGACUUGAAGCUUUGCAUG